UAUAAUUUGUGAAACUCAGUAAAAUAAAAUAUCGAAAUGAAACGAUAUCAAUAUUCAAGAGUAUAUACGAAGCUGAGAAAGUCUUUUGGAAGACAACCGCUCUUCCAAAACGUACCCGGGCAUAUGCUAGAUUCAAUAAACCCAGACAAGAAAAUGCAGAAGGAGUACGGACUACGAAAUCCAGUGCAUAGGGAGGUGCAAGUGACGUUACCUCAAUCGGAGCACGAUAGUAAUACAAAGAACGUAAUUGUUACUGAUCAAGGUAUAAACCAUAUCGAGGGUGGUUGGCCCCUGGACGUCCACGUCUACAACGAGGACCAUCUAGCGCGACAUCGAAGGAAAGUCCAGCACGAUGAAAACUACGUUCACACAGUGAUGAGCCUCAACGCCCGUAUCGAACACAACAUUCAACAGAACAACGCUAUCGAGAUGUACGAAUCUUACUUUACCGAUACAAAACCUGAACCGCCCGUAGAAAAAUAUAACAUCCAAAUUAAACACGUAUUCAGAGAUUCGAUGGAAAGACCGGUAGCUAGCGUCGGAUGGACUCUUGAGGAUCACUCGAAAAUUGUAGCGUCGUACUGCCACAAGGUCUAUCCUGAUGGUAAUGCAACCGAUGGUACGGCUUGUUACAUGUGGGAUGUCCACAAAGGAACAGUGCCAGUUUAUGAGUUUGAUCCUGGACACGGUUGUUGGGACUUUGAUUGCUCGCCUGUGGAUUCUGACUUGAUAAUUGCUGGACUGGACGUGGGAAUUGUCCAAUUAUUUGACGUACGAGCUGGAAAAUCAGCAAGCGCUUCGAGCUCCAUAUACAAUUCUCACCACGCGCCAGUUUCCUCUGUUCGCUACACACAUACAAAAACGGGCACGCAAUUCUUUAGUGGAUCACCUGAUGGUCAAUGUUUAUGGUGGGAUACAAGAAACUCGUCUUCGCCUAUCGACCAAUUACCUAUAUCCGUAAAAUUAGGACCAAAUGAGACCCCAAGUUUGAAAAAUUCCGAAGGAGUGAGCUGCUUGGAAUUCGAUAAAGGUUUGAUAGCAAAAUUUUUGGUAGGAACCGAAUCUGGGCUCAUCAUUCACGCCAAUAGAAUGGGCAGAAAUCAUCAGGAAGUUUUAUAUUCGCACUGUGAAGCGCACACCGGGCCCGUGAAAGCUAUACACCGGAGUCCAUGCACGCUGAGAAUGUUCAUAUCGUGCGGCGAUUACAGCGUCCGGAUAUGGAGCGAAGAAGUGCGUACCGCGCCCAUAAUAGUAACUAAACCAUAUAGCCACCUAGUUACCGACGUAGCUUGGGCGCCACUGCGGUACUCCAGUUUUAUGGUAGCAUCGGAGGAUGGAGUAUUUUACUACUGGGAUCUGCUUCGAAAGUAUCGGGAGCCAGUGGCAACGUUGAACGUAUCCAAGAACUGCCUUAACAAAGUCGCCCCGCAUCCUAAAGGGAAAUCCGUCGUGGUCGGCGACGACAAAGGAUCUUUGUACGUUUUAAAUUUGUCUGAAAAUAUGAUGUCGCCGGGCCCGAACGAUAAGCAACUUAUGCAUGAAACUUACGAACGUGAAACGAGACGCGAGCAUAUUUUAGACUUGCGAGUGAAAGAAAUGAAAUUGAAAAUACAAAACGAAGGUAAUAAACCUGAUGUUGCGACGCUCGAUGACGAUAAAGACGAGGACUUGGUUGAAGAAACUAAAAGAUACUUUGAAAUCGUUAAAGAAGAACAGAAAAAUGUAGGCGGCUACUUUUGAAUUGUAUUAAAUA